UUUUUGCAAACGUCACUGUGCAUAAUUCGUCGAACGUGACGGAUAGAACGAGGAAAAAAAAAGAGAGUCAUGAAGAGCGCCUUCACACUCCUCGCUAAGGACCGGCCCAAGACGUUCAUAGUAAGCUAUGCGCCAGAAUACAAAAACUUUAUCGUCAACCACGUCGUAAGCGAUGCUUCGCAUCCCCUCCACGAGACGCAGAAGCGCAGACAGGCAGAACGCAAGAAGCAAGGGCUCUGGUGGCAUGCAACCACGGGCGUCAGUCUGAGCAAGUCGAGCUGCGUGCGAGCAUGGGCAAGGCGCCGUCUACGCAAUGCAAUCAAAGACGAACUGAAAGAGCGAGGAUACGAUGACCAUGGCAUGUUUGUCAAUGCCAAAGCUAUUCAAGAUAGACCCGAUCUCAUGGAAUUGCUGAAAGCGGGCAAAAAGCUGGAUCUGACGGGCAGCCUGAGACUGCACGUUCAGGAGCCCUUGAUUGCUGCUAAAUAUACAGAGGUGCGCGCGGAGACGGGAAACGUCAUUGAGGCCGUGGUGCAGGCUAUGAAGAAUGGACCGGGCGAACAUGGCUCUUCAAGGCCGACAAGGAAGCGGCCGGAUUGGAAUCCACCUUCUGCUCAACGACCUCUUUCACCCAGGAUGCGAGGACAGUCCUCGAAGCAUCAUAUUGGGUAAUACACGACUGUCGUUUUGUUUGCAUAUGCCUUACUUCAGAAAGCCAUGCCUGCUAUUGAUACUCGGAAGGACAUAUUGGAACAGAACAUAUCGCCACUUUCGGUACUUACAGCUCGUUGACUGUGCAAGGGAAGGUACAGAAGUCAUAAUACAGUCGUUGUCGAAUCGAGACUUGUUGUUUGACUAUUACUAUUACUAUCUUCUCUAUCGAUGUCGAACAGGCCAGGAUAUCAAGGUCAAAGACGUCUAUACCAUCUCUUCUUCGCCUUGAUUUCUACAACUGGCCGG